CAGCGGGGACAGGUCUGCAAGGCGACGUCCUGCUGCUAGGUGCCGGAGGAAGAGGCUGGGCCUGAGAAGGGCGGUGACUUGUCGGAGGUGGUGUGCUGUGCAGGUUGCUUCCGCUUUCACAGCCCUCCAUAUUUUUCCAAGAGCAGCAGAAAAUGAAUAAAUCUCUGGGACCAGUGUCAUUCAAGGACGUGGCCGUGGACUUCUCCCAGGAGGAGUGGCAGCAGCUGGACCAUGAGCAGAAGACAACCUACAGGGAUGUGAUGCUGGAGAACUACAGCCACCUCGUCUCCGUGGGGUGUCACAUUGUCAAACCGGAAGUUAUCAUCAAGCUGGAGCAAGGAGAAGAGCCAUGGAGAGUAGAAGGAGAAUUCCUACUUCAGAGUCACCCAGAAGAAGUCUGGAAAGUUGAUCUGACAGAGCGAGUCCAGGAAAGUGAAGACAAACAUUCGAAGCAAAUUGUAUCCAUCAGCAACAAAAUCCUGAUUGAAGAGAGAGGUAAUGUUCUUGGUAAGACUUUUAAUGUGGAAACAAACCUAGUUCCUUCAAGAAAAAUAUCCUAUCAAUGUGACUCAUGCGAAGAGAGUUUGAAGUCCACUUCAGAAUACAUCAGUAGCGACGGAAGCUAUGCAAGAACGAAGCCUGAUGAGUGCUGUGCCUGUGGGAAAUCACGUCUCCGUGUGAAACUUGAGAAAACUCACCCAGGGGAGAAUUCUUGUGAGUUUAAUCAAAAUGGGGAAGCUUAUGCUCUAAAUGAAGAAAGUAUCUAUCAGAACAUUCGUAUUUUGGAGAAACCCUUUGACUAUAUUGAAUGCCAGAAAGCCUUUCAAAAGGAUGCAGUUUUUGUUAAUCCUAUGGAGGAGAAGCCCUAUAAAUGGAAUGAAUCUGAAAUAGCCUUUCUCCAGAUGUCAAACCUCAGUGUGCACCCGACGUCUCAUAUGGAAAUGAAGCCCUAUGAAUGCAGUGCAUGUGGGAAGUCCUUUUGUAAAAAGUCAAAAUUCAUUAUACAUCAGAGGACUCACACAGGAGAGAAACCUUAUGAAUGUAAUCAGUGUGGGAAAUCCUUCUGCCAAAAGGGAACCCUCACUGUGCAUCAGAGAACACACACAGGGGAGAAGCCCUAUGAAUGUAACGAAUGUGGGAAAACCUUCUACCAGAAGUUACACCUCAUUCAACAUCAGCGAACUCACUCAGGAGAGAAGCCCUAUGAAUGUAGUUAUUGUGGAAAAGCAUUUUGCCAGAAGACACACCUCACCCAACACCAGAGAACACAUUCAGGAGAGAGACCCUAUGUUUGUCAUGACUGUGGAAAAACCUUUUCCCAGAAGUCAGCACUUAAUGACCAUCAUAAAAUUCACACAGGCGUGAAACUCUAUAAGUGUAAUGAAUGUGGGAAAUGCUUCUGCCGCAAGUCUACACUCACUACACAUCAGAGGACACACACAGGAGAGAAACCCUAUGAAUGUAACGAAUGUGGAAAAUUUUUCUCUCGGUUAUCGUAUCUUACUGUACAUUAUAGAACUCAUUCAGGAGAGAAGCCCUAUGAAUGUAACGAAUGUGGGAAAACCUUCUACCUGAAUUCAGCCCUCAUGAGACAUCAGAGAGUACACACCGUAGAGAAGCCGUAUGAAUGUAAUGAAUGUGGAAAACUAUUCUCCCAGUUGUCAUACCUCACUAUACAUCAGGGAACUCAUUCAGGAGUGAAACCCUAUGAAUGUAAUGAAUGUGGGAAAACCUUCUACCAGAAUUCAGCCCUUUGUAGACAUCGGAGAAUACAUAAAGGAGAGAAGCCCUAUGAAUGCUAUAUAUGUGGAAAAUUCUUCUCUCAGAAGUCAUACCUCACUAUACAUCAUAGAAUCCAUUCAGGAGAGAAGCCCUAUGAAUGUAAUGAAUGUGGGAAAACCUUCUGCCAGAAUUCAGCCCUUAAUCGACAUCAGAGAACACACAGUGGAGAGAAAGCCUAUGAGUGUUAUGAAUGUGGAAAAUUCUUCUCUCAGAUGUCAUAUCUCACCAUACAUCAUAGAAUUCAUUCGGGAGAGAAACCCUUUGAAUGUAAUGAAUGUGGAAAAGCCUUCGUUCGAAUGUCAUACCUCACUGUACAUUACAGAACUCAUUCAGGAGAGAAACCCUAUGAAUGUAAUGAAUGUGGGAAAAAAUUCUACCACAAAUCAGCCUUCAAUAGCCAUCAGAGAAUCCAUAGGAGAGGGAAUGUGAAUGUGCUGGAUGUGGGAAGGCUUCUCUGAAGUCAGGCCUCAUUUCACAUCAGAGAACCCUUUGUAAUGUGUAAGAAACUCCUACCAUGGUCAAGUCAGAUUCCCAUGGGGGAAUGUGGACCAGCCUCUGCAUUAGUCAGACUUGUAAUCUGAGAACUCACAGGGUAGAAACCACAACUGCAACAAGACCACAUCACUUGUUAGAUACGACUAUACAGGAGUAAAAUGUAUAAAUGUGUAAAAUGUAUAUACACUUUUGUGGGUUCAACUGUUUCACAUAUCAGGGAUUCAUACCAGGGGGAAAUGUGUCAUUCUAUGGAAUGUGGAAAACCCACUCCUUUGAAAAUUAUUAAUUCUAAAAGUUAUGUUUCUGAUAUAAUAUUGAGCUUUUUGUUAAAAAAUAAUAUGUUGUGAAUAAAUUGUACUCCUUGUAAAUAGAGACUGUAAAACCAGAUAGCUGAUCAAGACAGUAACAGCCACAUUAAAGUCGUACCUGAGUGUUUCCUGAGAAUGUAGGCCUUUGUUUGUUAGCUUGCCUUUUAGGAUGGUCAUUACAGGAAUCAUAUGUUUAUUCUGAAUCAUGUUUGAAAAGGCAGUGUAUCCGUAUUGAAAUAAUUUGUAAGACAUGGUAAGAUUACCCAUUUUAAAUAGCACACCAUGUUAGUACUUAAUAUGAAUUGCCAUUGAACUAAUAUUUGAUAGGUAUAAAGUAUGCUUCUUCUUGUAUUCUAGUGCUUAUAAAUGUAUUUUAUCAUUGUUAAUGAACUAAAUCUUCCAUAAAGAAAUCAGUGUUUUUUAUAAUGUUCUCAACUGUAUCUGAGUCAGCAAGAGAUAGAAAUGUAUGCAUAAGCCCUGGCCGGUUUUGCUCAGUGGUUAGAAUGUCGGCCUGUGGUCCAGAGAGACCCAGGUUCGAUUCCCACUAAGGGCAUGUA